UGUAUCUUGUCUCAGCACGUUCCGUUAUAACCGCGCUCUCAUAAUACACCACUUGGGGGCGCUGUCAUCAUUUACAUGACGUCACACAACCACAGCACUGUACUUAAAGGACGCUUUCUGUCGUUUUCUUACACUCCACUUUGAGCCAACAGUCAUGUUAAAGAUGGAUUCUUAUGGUUCCUUUGCGUCGAUUUGCAUGAUUUAGGGAUACUAAUGGUCAACCUGCAAAAAAAAAAGGUGCAUGGUAAUUACCAGUGACGUCAGCACUAAAUACAGUUUGCGUCGCUAAUGUAAUUGCAAAGGGGCGUUAGUUAGCAUCGCGCUAACAUGAGCAUGACAAGUACAGGUGACGAAAUGGUGCAAAGAACCAGCGUUCGCACUUAGGGAAGAAAGCUUAGAGUGACUGUGAGGGUGAGCAUUUUUCCCAAGGCUAACACAGGUGCUCCUCGGUUUGUUACUCCGGUGCCCUCCGCUCAUUCGCUCCUCCAAGCGGCCCGGAUGUGGCGCACAGGAGUAGAGCAGCUCCCGGAGACCCAACAUGGCGCCACUGGCUCAAACGUAACGUUACCCGCCGCUGCUCUCCCCGCAUUCGAAUAGAAGAGAACCGGACAAAGCGACGGGACAUGUAAGCUCUUCUACCCCGGCGACGAACAGGUUCGUCAAGCCGUCAAAUCGGAAGCAGCGGAGGGCGGCCACCGGAGCAAAGCGCAGCCGGAGUACUAACAGCCAGUGGCCUUGGAGUGCCCUUUGAAGGUUUGUCAGGGUUGUCCAGCAUGUUCGGUAAGAAGAAGAAACGGCUGGAGAUCUCGGCCCCGUCCAACUUUGAGCACAGGGUCCACACGGGCUUCGAUCCGCGGGAGCAGAAGUUUACGGGGCUGCCGCAGCAAUGGCAGAGCCUCUUAGCCGACACCGCCAACCGACCUAAGCCCAUGGUGGACCCCUCCUACAUCACUCCCAUUCAGCUUGCACCUAUGAAGAUAUCUCCCAAGAAGGUCCGGCCGUCCGAAACGCCCAAAACCAUUGUGAGGGGAAACCGGCCCCCCAAAGAUGCGUCCAUCAACGGCCUGCUGGAGGAGUUUGACAACAUCUCAGUGACGCGCUCCAAUUCACUGCGCAAGGAGAGCCCGCCGGGCGCUCACCAAGCGGGCGCCGGCUCCAGGCCUCUGCCGGGCGCUCGUCCCGGCGGCCCCGAGGAAAACGGCUUUGGCCACUACUACUCGCGCUACUCUUGCGAUUUAGAUGCCUCCGGCAGCCGGGAUUACGCUCCGGACAAGCCGGGCUUCUCGGCUGACGGCGAAUGGGCCCUGGGACGGCAUUACCGCUUUACCAAACACAACGGCCACUCGCACCACAUCCGCAGCCCCUUCUACCCGGACGCCAUGCCCCAAAAGUCAGACUACGGCAAGCUGCCGCCGGACUACCACACCUACCUGGAGAGCAAGGGGCGCUCCACGGACGAGGUGGCCUCCACGGUGGGGAGCGGCGUGGGCUCCAGUGGCUAUUACCGGGCCUCUGUGGGCGGCUCGUCCAGCCAGGACUACCGGGACACGUCGGUGGGAACACCGUCCCGCGCCUCCCUUCACAGCGAGCAGAUCAACUACCCGGACAGCGAGUGGAGUUACGGUGCCGUGCGGGAAGACUACGACAAGAGACCGAAGAGCUCGUAUGUGAUGCAGACCAGUCCCACGCCGGCCAUCAGGCAGAGGUCCCGCUCGGGCUCCGGGCUCCAGGAACCCAAUGUCCCCUAUGCGGCCGGCGGACCCUUCAAGAACCCCGCUCAGGCCCACUCCUACAGCUCCUACACGUACCCGCGCUUGUCCGAGAGCCUCGGUGCCUCUCAGACCAUCAACAAGGGUGACUAUGAGCGUACGUCGCGGGACGCCAGCCCCCACGCCACGGUCGGCGACACCUACCCCCGCGGACCCCUCAAGCUACCUCAGAACCACGCCAAGCCCCCCGGCUACCCGCCCGUGCACCUGCCGUACCCGCCCGUUUUUCACCACUACAAGCCGUCACCCUAUCACCACCCACCCUCCCAGCCCAGCCCACCGUACACGCCGCAGGGGGCAUACUCGCAGCCGUCGUCGCCCUACAUCCCCCCGGGGGCGUACCCUCCCCCUUCAUGGGGGUCCAGCUCCGACACUCAGCCCUCCAGGGUGUCUCACGAGCAGUUCCGAGCCGCUCUGCAACUCGUUGUCAAUCCAGGCGACCCCCGCGAGUACCUGGACAGCUUCAUCAAGAUCGGCGAGGGCUCCACGGGCAUCGUGUGCAUCGCCAGCGAGAAGCACAGCGGAAAGCAGGUGGCCGUCAAGAAGAUGGACCUGAGGAAGCAGCAGAGGAGGGAGCUGCUCUUCAACGAGGUGGUGAUCAUGAGGGACUAUCACCACGAGAACGUAGUUGACAUGUACAAUAGCUACUUGGUGGGAGACGAGCUGUGGGUGGUCAUGGAGUUCCUGGAGGGAGGGGCGCUCACCGACAUCGUCACACACACCAGGAUGAACGAGGAGCAGAUCGCCACGGUGUGCUUGUCGGUGCUGCGGGCCCUGUGCUACCUUCACACGCAAGGCGUCAUCCACCGGGACAUCAAAAGCGACUCCAUCCUGCUCACCAGUGACGGACGGAUCAAGCUGUCCGACUUUGGCUUCUGUGCCCAAGUAUCCAAAGAAGUGCCCAAGAGGAAAUCGCUGGUGGGGACGCCGUAUUGGAUGGCGCCGGAAGUCAUCUCCAGACUGCCUUAUGGGACAGAGGUGGACGUGUGGUCGCUGGGCAUCAUGGUGAUUGAAAUGGUGGACGGUGAGCCCCCCUACUUCAAUGAGCCCCCCCUGCAAGCCAUGAGGAGGAUACGGGACAACCUGCCACCGCGGCUAAAAGAGUUACACAAGGUCUCGUCGGUGCUGCGCUCCUUCCUGGACCUGAUGCUAGUGCGCGAGCCUUCCCAGCGAGCCACCGCGCAGGAGCUCCUCCAGCAUCCCUUCCUCAAACUAUCGGGACCGCCGUCCUGUAUAGUGCCCCUCAUGAGACACUAUCGCCACCGCUGAGCAGACACACGCACACACACUUCUGUGGUUACUGCCCGCCCACAUCUUGUCAACACUCUUGUGACCAUAACGUAGAUUAGCUAACCGACACACACGGAACCCACUACUACGAAGAGACUCUGAAGUGGACUCCGGGUGUUUUAGUUCGUCACCUUAGAGGACCUGAGUGGACCCCCGAGAGUGUGGGCAGCGCUGCAGAGAAGCCGUGCGCGGGUGGAGCAGCCACCCACGCUCCCGCUGCACAUGUAUUUUAAGAGCAACUUGUAAGAUUGAGUGUACAGUUUUGAUAACUUUGAGUAUUUGAUGGUGUGGUCGCCAUUGUGAUAUGAGCAGUAUUCAAUAGACUUUCCUACUCUUUAUAAUACACUUUUUCAUUAAGAAAUACACACACACAAAUACAAAACACAGAAACACACACACAAUAUUUCAAAUAUCCCACUUGAACCCAACUGCUACUAAAAAAAAAAAGCUACUACAUAUAUUUAUUAUUACUAUUAUCUAUCUUUGUAGACAGAACCAUUAAACGUUGGGCAAAAAAGGGUAAUGUUAGACGUUUUCUAAGAGCUUUUUAAAGUAUUUAUUUAUUUAUUGCAAUUCAUUUUUGUCUAGUGUGGCCUUCUGUUCUCGCUCAAUUUAUUUUUUAAAUUAUUUAAUGAAAAAGAAAAGCGACGGUUAACAGGGAUCUACUCAAAUACACUCAAAUGCAAUGAAACGACUUCACUUUGUGUUUUUGUGUCAAUACAAUAAAAUAUACAUUACAAAUUGAAUACGGUCAAUUUCAAAUAGGGUUAGAAAACACUUUAUACUGGUCCAUAAUUUGUAAAAAAAUAACAGUGGGGGUUAACUAGUAUAUAACAAAUAUUCACCCAAUAGUGACAAUAUUUAAUGUAUAUUUUUAUGUCAGUAAAACAUACUUUCCAAAUAAAGAGGACAUAUAAAUAAACAUUUCAACUAUACAUCUUGUAACAAAUAAAUUUAAUAUAAGAGGUAUAUGACAAAUACCUAAAAUAAAAACCUUGUAAUUGAAAUGAUACAUUGGCUUUAAGUCAAGUCAGCAUUUUAUGAUUUGAGUGUAUCUUUAGCAAUUGCAGGGAGCCAAUGAAGCCGGUGGAUGUCCGCUACUGUAAUAAUUUGCACUCAUUGUAGCACACACUGAGGGAAUCAAUUAGAAACACAAAGUAAAGAUAAAUAAAUGAAUAAAUGGUUCAUCGUCCAUGUCAUGAAAUCACCUGGAAUACACCAGUGUAAAAGCGGCUGACAUCCAUUUUGACCCAUCAGUCACUGUGAUGUAAAUACGAAUGCGUGUGCGUGCGUGUUUGUUGUACAGUGUCACAGCAUGUCUGUGAAGAUGCUUUCAAUUAAAACAAACUUCCAUAAGA